AUGAGGAUCUUUGUGUAGAGCUAACGUCGUUGGAAAGUUUGAAUUUUGGUGGGUCGUUUGUAUCUGAAUGUUGCUAUAUGUUGUGUAUUUAUAGAAAUACUAUAAGAGUAUAAGUCGUGUUUGACCAUGGUGGCUGCAAACGUCGAGGAAGCGGAGGUUGUGUUGGAUGUUGGCAUUCCCAUGCUAAAUUUAAAGGAUCGGUUGCAAACUUUUAAGAAAUGGAAGUUUCCAGACAAUGCAAACUGCUCUGCAAAGAAGUUGGCAGAAGCUGGAUUUUACUUCUGUGGACCAAGAAAUUCGGAUGUGGUGAAGUGUUUCCUGUGCAACAAGGAGCUUGAUAGUUGGGAGCAAGAGGAUGAUCCGUGGGCUGAACAUUUGAAGCAUAGAAAUACAUGUUAUUACGCCCAAAAGAAGAAAAUUGAAACACAGCUGACAACAGUUGAAUUCUGUGAUCUGAUUCAAGCUUUCAUUCUUGCACAGUUGGACAAGGCCGAAGCCAAUUUUGCGCAGGAUGUAGAACGUCUCAUGUUAACUUGCACCAAGAAGCUCAAAAAGUUAGGUGUCCAACAGUAACACCAUUUGAACAAUGUCAUGGUUACUUCUUAUUUCUUUUAAGAAUUAUCUGUCCUGUAAUUACCUAUUAUUUGUAUUGUUAAUACUAUGCAUGUUAGAAAGUGUCAUGUGUAUAUAUGGAGUAUUACUGCACUCUCAAAAUAUAAAUAAAUAUAUGCUACUUUAAAACAA